GCGGGCGGCGCGCGCGCCAUUCGCUCACAACCCGUCGCGCGCGCACCACCAAUGAUUUUACCCGCCCGAACUAUGUCGCCGCCGCAAGGCGCUUUUCACACACCGGCGUCAACGCACACGCAGCCUGAUGAAGAACCCGUCUCGAGAACAUACCAAUACAGAAAAGUUAUGAAACCAAUGCUCGAAAGGAAAAGAAGAGCACGCAUCAAUCGCUGCCUAGAUGAGCUCAAAGAUCUGAUGGUAACCGCUCUCCAAGCCGAAGGGGAAAACGUUUCAAAAUUGGAAAAGGCAGACAUAUUGGAACUGACCGUCCGACAUUUACAUAGCCUCAAGCGCAGGGGUCAAUUAGUGUUGAAGCCUGAAAUGUCAUACACGGAGCGAUUCCGCGCCGGCUUCACGCAGUGUGCUACGGAAGUGUCACAGUUUAUCGCAAACGCUACCUUAGCUGCCAACGCGAUGCAACGUCAGGGUCCAGUCGACCCUCAAGCCGGAGCGAGGUUGUUGCAACACUUGAGCAAUUGCAUAAGAAGGUUGGAAACCCCUCAAGUGGUUCAGCCCCAGCCGAUUGCACCGAACGGCGUAGCUCGGCCGACACCGUUGCAGCCUGUUCCGUCACAUCCCCCUGGCCCUCAACAUAUCACUCCGCUGCAGAGGACAUCGUUACCAGACCGAGUUGUGAAAAGACCAUUGGACGGGCCGCAGGACCCAGAAGCGACGCUAGCAAAGCGUGCGUACGCGCCGCCGUCUCCGCCCCACAGCCCCGCCUCCGAGACUGACUCCACCCAGUCGAUGUGGAGGCCGUGGUGAUCGCCAGACGCUGUUCCUCAUGAUCUCGUCCCCUGGACUGUGUGACAGCAUGUGUGAUAAUCACAAACGUUGUUUGUUUUGUUUCUAUUAACGUUCCUAGAACUAGAUGUGUGUUGAAAACGUUGCAUGAGUAUUACUUCGCGUUGCUUGUUGAAGUUUGUUUUAAUUUUUCUAUUUAAAUAAAAUAAGCUUUUUUUGUUUUGAAGUAGUCCGUUGUUAUUGAUUCCUAAUUACAACGUCUUCCACGACGAUAUAAUUGCAUUUAGUUUAAAAUGAGAAAGAUGUCGUAAGUGUAGUGUAGCACCUAAGUUGACUCUGUGAUAUGAUAGCUGACAUUAAUUUUGUAGGAAUUUAUUAUAGGAUGCUAAAAAAUAUUAGUACACUCCGUAAUAAAUAAAAACUAAUAAAUGUUUUUACUAUA